AGUGGGUCUAAGAUGGCGUCAGUUGAUGUGUAUUGUAUCUGUGGGCAGCCGUACGAUCCCAAUCGGUUUAUGAUUCAAUGUGAUGUUUGCAAAGACUGGUUUCAUGGAAGCUGUGUCGACGUCAAAGAACAUGACGCCUGCGACAUCAUCAAAUACUACUGUCCUCAGUGCCAGCAGUCGUAUGGACCACCGAUAUGGAAACAGAGGACGAACUGGCACCGGCACGAUUUUGCUGAACUUGAUGCGGACACCAAGCCUGUUCAGACAGGUACUCCUGUUUUCAUGAAGGAACUCAAGGCAAGGCAUUUCCAAAUAGCGGACGUUGCAGUCACCAAAUUGUCGGGUGAAGAGUUCAACCUGCAGUACCUGUUGCACAGUGGCUUUACGUGCCCAGUGCUCGUGGAGAAGAAAGAUGGCCUGGGGCUCGUGAUGCCCCCAGAGGAUCUCACAGUCAGCGAUGUAAUGGAUUUCAUUGGGCCAGACUUCAUGCUAGAUGUCAUAGAUGCAUCCAAGCAGGAAGACUUGAAGAUGACUAUGGCUGAAUGGGUGGACUACUAUAAUAGCUACAAUAGAAACAAGGUGUUCAACGUCAUCAGCCUGGAGUUUUCAGAUACAAGGCUGUCGGAUUUUGUGAAGCCACCAUCCCUGGUCCAACGCAUCAGCUGGGUGGAGAACUGCUGGCCAUCACACGUUCCCAAUGUGGGGCCACACCAGCGACCCGCUGUCAUGAAGUACUGCCUUAUGGGUACGAGAGACAGCUUUACGGAUUUUCACGUAGAUUUUGGAGGAUCUUCUGUCUGGUACCAUGUCCUACGGGGUGAGAAAAUCUUCUACCUGAUCCGGCCAACCUCCGCCAACUUAUCUCUAUACGAGCACUGGAUGGCGUCUGCCAACCAGAGCGAGACUUUCUUCGGGGACCAAGUGGACGCCUGUUACCGACUGGUGUUGAGCUCGGGGCAGACUCUCUUCAUUCCGACCGGCUGGGUCCACGCCGUCUGCACGACCGUUGACUCCAUGGUCUUCGGGGGAAACUUUCUGCACAGCUUCAACAUAGGCUUACAGCUACAGGUCUACGAGCUGGAGAAGCGUAUUGAUGCCCCCCUAAAGUACAAGUUUCCCUCAUUUGAGACGACCCAUUGGUUUGCUGCUUCUUAUGUCAUUGAACAGCUCAGAAGUGCCAUUGCCUCAGAAUUCAAACCACCAGCAUUUUUGGUUGUUGGAGCAAAGUGCUUGGUAACGGCGCUCAAGAACUGGACACAAGAGCCCGAUUGCAAACUGGACACCAUUCCUGACGGUAUCAAUGUGCCCAAGCUCCUCAAGGACCUUGCAAAAGAGGUUAAAGCAGCUGAAAAAAAAAUGGGUGGGAAGCACAAAUCUGACAAGGACAAUAAAAAGGCCAAAGUGAGUCCCCUGAAGCUGACAACAGGAGCAAUCAACCCAUCUGUGUGCAGCUACAUUCAAGAAAGUCACGGAGAAAUUAAGAUGGAGGCCAUGAACUUGAAAAUGAAGAUACCCGUAAAGCUACCAACGAGAGCCAGUGGGAACAAGUCAGGAGGUGGCCCAAAGUCUAAAUCUUCCAACAAGAAAGCUCAAAGUAAGCAAGAAAAGAAGCAAGGUCCCCUUCUGGUUUCGCAAAGGGAGUCCGUGUACGACUUCAACGACUCGGACGACGACGGACUUGUGGUGGACGAGAAUCCUCCAGCUACGCAGCAGCAGUCACUUCGCCGGUCGUACCAGCGGGCUGUCGCCCUGCCUUCCACACCUCCUUUGCCACCAAUCUCCACUUUCAAUAGUGCAGCGUCGAUGGGGAACUUCGCCGCAGCUGCGGCUGCAGCAGCGGCGGCAGGGACUACCACUGCUGUCAUGCCUGGUGUUCCAGACAGUGACUUCGGAGUACAAGGAGAAGCUCGGCAAGGAUCACUUAAGCUCUGCCUUUCUUUCAACGGGAAGUCGCUCGUAGAAAAACCUCCUGCAAGCAAGGUUCGCAGCCCUCCGUCCUCCCAGAAGGCAAGCGGGGAUGAGGACACACCCAAAAAUGGCACGAUUGAUGACCUCCUACUUGCCAGUAGCAUAGCAAUGGACACGGACAGCACUAGGGUCAGCCUGGAAGAGGAGCUUGGCGGUGGCAGGGCCUCACCAUCAACACGGGACGCCAUACAAGGGAUGCUGUCCAUGUCAAAAAGUGCUUUUACAUUUGGACCCGAAGGUGCAACUGGACAAACUGCGCAACUAUUGCGGGAAGGUCCCCUAAGCAGUGGACUAGCCCUCCUCAAGGGAGGAGCACAAAGGGGCAACACUCACAAGCCCAACUUUAUGCAACUGCGUCGCCCAGGGUUUCGGAAUGAUGACCAGGAUGAUGAAGACCUCGAAGAGUCGCUCAAGAAGUGCCACCAGGAUGAAGAAUUUGUUUACCCCGGCUUGGAUGCCUCAGACGAUGAACUGCACGUUUUUAAGCCGAGAGGACGAUCCAAACGAGAUGAAGCAUGGAACCCCAAAGCAAAGUUGGUUCCAAAUUGCCCCAAGCCUGCAAGGCCAGUCCGAGAGGGAACCAAAAAGGAAGCCAUCGAGACAGGCCUAGCAGAGGCAGCCGCCAAAUUAGCAGAUAAACCGCCACCAAGGCGGUCGUAUCACAGGAAAAAGCCUCCACCGCCUAAGCCCAAAGAGGAGGCGUAUGAUCCUGGCCCAUCUACUUCAUCAGCAUCCAGCAAGAAACCACCACUCUCUCCAGAUGCUUUCAGAUUGAGAAAGCCCAAGAAAGGUUUUGCAACAGCAAAGCAGCGCCUCGGAAAGAUACUGAAGAUUCACAAGAUGAUCUACUGAGAGCCGAAACUUCCAUUUUGUGUACAUAAUCGUCCUCACCCAUAAGCCAUUUUAUUAUACUUGUCAUCAUCCGUAACACUCAUCAGCACCCAGUCAUCCUAACCCGUCAAGGCGCAUGUCUUUUAGAUCCUCAUUUGUCUUUGUAACAGAGUAUAUUUAUGAAGGUUCAAAUGAUUUACAAUGCAGAGGGCCGCCUUGCAACCCUUGGCGUCAUGUGUACACCUGCUGUGCUAGCUGUGCUGGCUUUUUGGCUACUUUAGUGCUAUUGCAAGAUGAAUACUGUUAGAGAACAUCAUGUGACAUUCUUUCUUCCUUUUUUUUUUUUCUUAAUGCUUCUUAAGCUUCUUUUUCUAUAGACUUUGUGUCAGCAUUUCUAGCUGUGGGGCCAUGUUCUCCCCGUUCACCGAGAGCUUUCUUGUCAGAUUAACUUAAUUCUGUCGAGACAGGGUUAAAGGGGCGCUAAACUGCAAGAGUUUAUCCUCGCCAUGACCUACUAGAUUAUAACGACCAUGUCAUAGGCACCCGUUCCCAGCACCGCAUUUGGAAGCUAGCGGUGGCGCUACUCAUCGGCCCGGUUAUUGCUUCCUCAACUUCUGCAAUACUUUGUACGUACUUCAGCUUACCUUAGUAUUUUUGUACAAACGGUGGAUGUCCCACGGAAGAUGUUUCAUUCUAAAGUUGAUUUUCAUCAUCAUUCUACGUGUUUUCAUAGGAGCUAUUGCUGUCGUCUGCUACGGUAGCCAUACGUCCGCUUCUGCGCAUUCAAAGUUCAAAUUUCCAUUGUCCAAUCAUGAUGUAGAUCUCGCGGACCAAUGAGUAGCGCCCCUAGCGGAUCGUGCGGAUGGGCUCCUCAUAGGGGUUGCCGAUUGUGCCGAUCGUUAUAAUCUAGUAGGUCAUGAUCCUAGCAGAACGGAAGGUGCCAUCACGUCGACACCAACAUGAAAGUAACUUGGACUCACCAGUUGCGUUGUUUGUGAAUAAUGAGCGAGGGAAACAACAAGUUAACCUCUAGAAGUGCAGGCACAGACGCCUCAGAUUGGUUUCCUCAAACGAUCUUCCACAAUGAUUGGACAAAUUCAUUUGGGGAGACCAGUGAGAGCCCGCUCUGCAUUGUCAGCCUUCUUAAGGAGAGGAAGAGGGAAUGUGCAAAUCGCGGUUUCUUUUGUUGCUAAAUCACGAAUGAUGCUACCGAGGAAUUCCGCUCCUUUUGUGUUGUUGUCAAAGUAACGGCAUCUUUGACUGUCCAUGAGGAGAAAUUUUUGCACUUUAGUGCCCCUUUAAGCGAUCAAUCUUGCAACGAGCAUGUUACGUAAUUAAUUGGGGUCUCACUGGUUAUGCUUAACAUGGUUAACAUACAUCACAGUUUUUAAAAAGACUGAGUGUUCUACGCGAAUGAAACCAACUGAAUGUUGUUAGCAGUCGUACGUCCCCGUUGCCAGUAUAUGAUUUUCAUCUACCUAAUCAAUCAAUUAGAUAAGAUUUAACUGUGUGCUAGGCUGAGUGCUUUUUGAUGCACUCUGUAACCUUCCAGUCAUCGCCUCAAACCUUAAACCAAUAUUUUAAAAGUUAGCUAAUUAAUCUUGUCUGAUUAAUUAAUUAGACAAAAUGAAAAACUACUGGUAGCAAUACUUAGAGAUGAAAAAUUUCUAGAAAUUUUUACCUGCUGGAAAGAACGAGAUUUUUCACUCUUGCACGACUUUACUAGCAAACAUUGGAGAGGAAAUAGUAGUUGAUGUAAAUUACAAAGAAUUAUAUUAGUUCAGUAGCAAGGAAGCAGACCUGCUGUUAAAAUGAGGAAGACAGUAGUGAACGAGAACACUUUAGUGACAGUUCAACCAUACUAUGCAUGACAAACGCAUCACGAUGGCGAUUGGUCAGUUUGUCUCGACGAGGCAUGCGUUUGUUGAUAUUUUGACCCCAUAUACACCCUGUAUUUUAUCAGUACUCUUGCUCUUUUUUUCUUCUUUUCUUUCCUUUUUUUUUUUUUUUUUUCACGUCAAGGGGGAAAAAGUUUAGAAAAACCAGUCUUCCCCACCACCACCAUACUUUUCAAUUAUUUUUUGUGAGGCUCUCUUUUUUUUUUAGGCAACAACAAUCCAUUGGUUUCGCUUGCAUAUCGCUCUCCAUCCUUUUUAAAGCCGUUGUGCAUGUUAAUUGGGACACCCUGUAUACCAGUAUGGGGACAAUCAGUGGAACAGAUCUGCAAAGCUUAGAGUUAAACGUAGCUUGCUGGAUACGUUCUGGAUAUGACCCAGAUAAGUUCUUUCUUUUUUCUCAUGGCUCAUUCGUUAAUUACACAACAGCAUUAAGUUAAUGGCCUUUGCAAUUGUACGAGCUAGACAGAUGAGCCCAAUCCACUCGUGAGGAAAAAGCGUGUGUACUACCACCAUGGCUUUAUUCUUGCAAACAUGCAAAAUAUGUCACAAUGUGUCGAAGUACAUUUGGUUUGGGAAAUGGUCUAGCAUGAUAUAUCUAGAACGCAGAUACUGCCGCCGGGUUUCGAGGGAACAGCCCUUUGGAAGCAGUUAUAACUUGAGGAUUUUUUGUUAGGGUACUCCAGCAAUAGUGUGUCCUUUAGAGGCUAAGCAUUGCAAAAAUGUCCAUUGCAAGUUGCUUGGUGCGCACCAUUUGAUGUCUUUUAUGUGAUUGCUUUUCUAGCACCUGCCUUUUAGUGUUAAGGGCCCGGUUUUGGAGGCAAACAUGCAGUGCGAGGCCCGUUCUGUUUACUGAAUGUAACAAAACAUGUAUCCAGUGCAAAGACAAAGAGGAGCAGGCAUGUGAUUGACAUCAGGAUCCGGCGCAGAAAAACCAGAGGGGCAGCAAAGAUAAAGGCUAACAGGAAAAUGCCCUGCACUCUAGAGAAGAAAUUGCUCAACUGAGCACAUGAAACGAGUCACUAGGACGGCACGGUUAACCACCGGUUGAACACAACCGUGUUAUAACGUAAAAGUGGAAUGCUAGGAUGCUGGUGUGGAUGCAAAUAAGGUAACAUUUGCCUUGACAGAAUGCAAAGUACACAGCACGAGACCCGUACGUUCUGUCUUAUGUCUCUCUUCUCCCUCAAACCCGAGGAAAUGUUACCUUAUUAGUGCGACGUUGUGCCUCUGUAAUGAAGCCCAAAAAGCUUCCCAAGAUUUCCCACAACAUCUAUAAGGUAGCCUUUGCUUCAUCAGUCCUACAAGAGGACCCUUCCGUGUAGAUAGUGACUCCCAGUUUAUUGCCUGCGUGAUAUGUAGUGGAAAUUUCUUCCUGCUUCCCAGUGAAAGAAGCGGCCUCUCAAAGUGUUGCGGAGCUACGCGUUUUGUUUUUCGACGAUGACUGCGUGUUCAUUCUUUUGUCAUCCUGUUUUUCAAAGUACCCAAACACAAUGCAGCAAACGAAAACAAAGUCGGUAUGUGGGCUGUCGCCUAAGUGUUGCACUGGCUAUUGAAAGUGGUUGCUGUGAAAAUAGGGCAGCACAAGAAAGGUUUGCAGACGCUCAUCAUUUUGUGGCUUUUGUGAUCUCGGUGCAUUUGUGUCAUGGGGAACAAGACGUAUGUCAGCAUUUUGUGGUGCCACUCACUCAGUUUCCUCCAAAGUUCUCAUACCCCAUAGAAGUAGUGGGCGCACCUUUUCUGUUAUGUUUAGCUAGUGGCUAAAACUUAGUGCUUCUAACAUUUUAGUUUCCUCACAUAGCCACAUGAUGCUAGUAACGACACGCUUUAUUGAACGGUGGAUAACAGAAGUGACUGGAGAGAAAGAAAAUACUGUUUCCAGACAACUGUUCGAAGGAAGUUAGUUGAGCAUGCUGGUGUUGCAAGACCUUGUAAAAGUUUCUGAUUUCUCACUAAUAAUGUCCAACAUGGCCACUGCUACUGCAUGCUACUACUUGUAUUGCUACAAUAUGAAUACUUCACUUAGUGCCGCAUUUUAGGGCAAUCGGCGGUUUAUACAGAACUCGGAGAUUGGGGAAAGUGCACCUCAUACUCCAGAUGUAAAAUCAGAAGCUUCAAAUGCGUUUGAGGGGAUGCAUAAAUCUCUGAAAGGCAUGCAGAAGUUAAUCUUAACCGUUGCGACCGCCGCAACAGUCCUUUUAAAUUAAAAUUGUGAGCGGGUGUUGUCAUCAAGCGUGCUUUGCUGUAAAUUAUUUAUUUUUGUAUAGUUGUGUCUGUACCUUAAUGAGACAAGGAUUGUGGCUCGCUAAGUACGAAAACUGUUAAAAUGGCUCUGAAAGCAGAGUUUUUGACAUUGAGAUGUUUUCUCUGACCAGCUUCCUGCUUCCACAUGUGUAUGGUGAAAUGAGGAGUACCUUUAUGUUUUAUGAAGCAUUGUAAAUACUUGUACAUACACUGUGCAUAUUCUAUAAAUAAAAAGGAUGAAGGCAUAAA